AGAACUGCAAGGCCAGUCUGUGUCUACAUGGCGCGUGCGAGCAACAGCGACCCAUAAGGGCUUGCGCUCGCGUUCUGGCUCAGUCAGAAGACAGACCGUAGGCAGAGGCGGGUCAUGGCUUCUUUCCCUUGGUGCCUAGUGUUUCUGGCUGUGUUAGCGCGAACUGUGCACACCACCAGUUCCUUCGAUGGUCCCGGAGUUGAAGGAUUCACCAAGACUGUACAUGCUACAAAAACAGUUUCACAUUCCGAUGGUGACGAAGGCAUGGUAAAAACAGUGAACGCAGCGGCCGUGAAGACUUUGACCGGCGGGAGCACGACGAAGACGAUAGCCACAGUUACCAAAACUCUACCCGAUGACAUUGACCCGUUUUCGAUCCAGCCAAGCCUUCCAUCGGGCGGAAGCACAAAUGGUGGCUUGAUAUCUACUGUUGGUCAAACGGAAGGAUCUCGCGUUGCAGUCGAGGGAGGAGCAACACACCAUGUGGCUAAAGGUGGUGCCACAACUAUUACCAAAACGAAGGUUACUACCACCAAGAGCGUCAACUUAGUGGGUCACACCGGUGCAGCCGGCACUCAUCCAGGUGGUCUGAAUGCUGGCACGAGCGUUACCUUACCUACGCUCGGCACCGGGGGCAUAACUACUCUUCCCGGAGCUCCGGGUGGCCCUGGAGUGUCGACAACCAUCGGGGUGCAUAGAGCCACAAUUCCCGGCGCCUCCAUUUUAGGUAGUAGCAACGUCCCACCAGUCCUAGCGCCUUUCCCUUCACAGGGAGCACCUGUUCGUCUGAGCAAUGCCCCUGCGUCCUCUGCACAGACUUCUAGAACUACCCACAGUGCCUCGAGAAUUAGUACUCGAUUGAACCUGUUACAUUCGGGUACUAGAAUGCCCCAUCACGGCGCUCCGGCAGUCGGCGUUACAGGAAGCGGUGUAGAGGUCGAAGUGCCUGGAUAUACUGCAGGACUUGGACGAAAGUGGAAAUGGGUACUCGGACGCAAAACUGGAAUUUUCCCUCCGUACAUUCAAGCUGUCGAUCCCGAUAUCUUGUACCAUAAACUUGGCUACCCUAAUCCGCAGCUCCCAGUCCUCCCAGAAUCCUUACAGAAAAUUCUUAACACUCUUCCCCUUCGUCCUGUGGGUAGUGCAAUGUAUGGGUAUCCAGGAUCUACAAGGAUGACUGAUAUAAUUCGAAGGCUCACAAGAAUCGCAGUCUUAAGAAAUCUUUUGUCGAGCAAUAAAUUUUCACAGGGAUCCAACACAAGCAAAAUACUCACCAGUCUCCUCACCAGUGAAACCUCAUCUCCUCUAGGAGGGUCUCCGUUAGAGCGUCUUCUACUCCAAAGCGACUCAUCAUCGUCCACUCAACCAGGGCAAUUGAGUAGUUUGUUCUCACUUCUGGGAAGUGACCCUUACGGAUUCCCUUUCAGCAGUCCUAACGCUGCAACUUUUGCUGCUCCUUACGGCAGCUUUUACGGAGGUCCGUAUGGUAUGACUUAUGGUAGCCCAUGGCCUGUUUAUCCCAGUGGCCCGAUUCCAGGAAGUUCAUGGCCAUACUACCCUGGUAGUCCUCUAGUACCUUUUGCUUCAUACGGCACAGGGUCAGGAAUAUACCCUGCAUCUUCUUUCGCUCCUUAUGGCAUUUCUUCAAGCCCGUCAUACCCAGGUUUUCCUGGUUACGGUGGAAGUUCCUCGAGCAGAAGCAUACUGAGUACUCUUAUUGGAGUUAAUAGCGGAAAAACGGGUGUCCGUUACGUUCAAUCACCAGACGGCACGCUUUUGCCAGUUAGUGACCCUCUGUCAAGUAGCAUUUCUACAUAUACUAAUGCUAGGCACUCUGACUUCUCAAUUUCGGACUUUCUUGCACAUCCUCGUCAAUACACAUUAACACCUGACGGACAGCUUGUGCACAAAAACGAUGUGGUACUGCACGAAGGACGACUGCCUUCACUGUUAAGCGACCCAAGCAAUCCAUUGUACCCCCUCUUAAAGAGUACUUCUGCAUCAAAAACUGUGCUCGGCAGAUUAUUAAGAUCUCGUAGGACACACCCGUCCCUUUUAUUGAAAUUGUUCGGUAAGAGACCAAGCUCGUCAAUAUAUAAUACUAUUCUAAAGCAGAUCAUAUUUAAUAGACGACCAGCCGGAAUAUUUGGUUCAUCAAUAAAUAGCAUGGAGUCAGAUGAAAGUGGACCAGAUGGGGCCACAAGAAUGAUUUCGUUGCUCCGCAAUGCCAUCAGCAAUCCAAACGAUAUUGCCGCACAAUAUUUAGCUGGAAUAGCCGGAAUAAGCCCAGAAUCAAUCGGGCUUUCCGGAAAUAGCAGAACACCUUUGGACUCCACCGUAAAGACACUGGCAUUCCUUCGCGGGCUCCGCCAACCAACAGAAAGUAGUGCCUACGACACACUUACCCACCUUUUGCUAGGAUCGCAGGAACCACAAAGCAGUAUGAGGUCGCAUUUACCCUUGGCUACUUCAGGGGCUAUUAGUCCGUUUGACCGAUAUAGCACUUUUUCGGAAAGUCAAUCACCAUCAGACGAAACUCCGAGCUUCCUAAAGGAAAUUGCUGACGCCAUGGUCCCCGCAGGCGGACCGCGAAAGACAACAGUGGGAACAAAAGAAACAGUGGUAACAAAAACUGUAACUCAUCCACGCAUAUAUGCUUCAGCCUUGACACGUCAUCCAACCUCAGAAACGCACUUAACAUCAAGUACUUUUUCCUCCGGUGAACAACCGUUAUCAUCUUCAAUUACACCUUCUGCAUCAGGGGUACCAAGUUACGGAGCAGAGGGUCCAAUCAUUAUCGUCACCAACACUACUAGGGCUAAGAAAUGUGCCAGGAGUACCGAGUGGCACGCAACUUCCUUUAUAUAGCACAACUUCCCUUCAUCCACUGUUCACCAGUGGUACUCGAGUAACUUCCACUCCAGGAGUAUUCGUUAACGGCCAGUUUGCCUCUUCAUCCAAUAGCCUUUUGGGAAGCAAUCUCGGCCAAACAGGGUUAAUGGUACCUUUCUCUACCGGUUCUUACACAACUGCCAUUCCGGUCUCUACUGGUUUUGUAUCAAGCGCAACCUCUUCGCAUCCAUAUUUAAUGGGAGGUUCUACAAUAGGCGGGCACCCACACUAUGUUGUCGAAGGUCAUGAAGCACCUGGAACACGUUGGCAGCUAAAAGUGUGGCGUCAUCAUCCAGGCGUAUCAGCGAUUGUUCCGGGACUGUCUGUCGGUACUACUAGCCCAAUAGGCGUCCAACGUGGAGCUUUCGGCUUCACUUCGUACGUUCCGAGCUCUCCAUCAAUUGGACUUGUGGGGUCUUCUGGCCUAAGUGGUAUACCCAUGAUGGGAGGCAGCAGUUCACAGUAUUUUGUUCAUGCUCCUGAUGGAAGCGUCCUUCUAUCUCGCCAGCCUGGUAGCGCCGGUAGCACGAUAGUCAACUCGCUGCCAGUAAACCAGGAGACAAGCAUGUUUAUGUCCGGGACUCGUUCAAUUAGAGGAACCACCUCCGGUGCCGGCAUUUCUGCAACUGGCGGCAUCCGGACGAGCCCUGUGAGUAGCACCAGCACGACCAAGUACGAGUACACCUCAUAUGGCAGUGGCAGCGGAAAUUCAGGUCUUUCUUCUGGCAUCAGCAGAGGUGCAACUUCAAGCCUAGAAGGGGCCUCCGGAAAUAGUGCGUCAUCGUUUACCAGCAGCAGUGGGGACAAUGACAUGUCCCAAAGUGUCCUCUCACAGACCAAGCUUAAGCGAUAGACAAUGUUCUAAGUAGAGCCGUCAAAUGACUACUAUUUUAUGAAGGCGAAUAAGAAAAAUGACUGCACAGGAAACACAUUUGACCACUGUGCAAUAAUGCGCAGUGGUGGUAAUGCUCACUGGAGAUAAUUUCUGUGAAUGUAUUUACAUAGAACAGCAUUGUGAUUCGUUUACGGCUUCGUGAACAAUGUUUUAUGUAGGGACCGUGAGAAAUAAAGGUUUCGUAGAAGGU